AAGUAAGAUUAAGUGACUUAAAAGUGAUGUUCUAACGAUCAAACAUUUCAAUCAAAACUAAGUUAAUGAUAGUUUGUAGUCAUGUCGGAAACACAGGAAGAAAUUAUACAUAAAGUACAGACAAAAGACGGACCAAUAUGUGGAUUAAUUGAGAAAAUAGAUAACAAAACAUACUAUAAAUUUAAGAAAAUACCAUAUGCACUGCCACCAGUUGGGCCCCUAAGAUUCAUGCCUCCCGUACCUGUUAAACCUUGGAAAGAAGAAUUAGAUUGCACCGUAGAACCUUCACCUCCAGCAUCUUUCUUAUUUGAGGAAGUAAUUGGUUCAGAGGACUGUCUUUAUAUAGAAGUAUGCGCACCAAAAAAUACUACAGGAAAAUUACUGCCUGUUAUGUUCUGGAUAGGAUCGUUUAACUUCGUUUUUAAUAUUGAUCCUUUGCUGGAUCCACGUGUUUUAGUUGAUAAAGGUGUUGUAUUUGUAAGAAAUGGGUUUCGAAUGGGGCCUUUUGGAUUUCUCUCCACCAAUGACUUUGUAGCACCAGGUAAUAAUGGAUUGAAAGACAUAAUUAUCGCUUUGCAAUGGGUUCAAAGGAAUAUAGAAUGUUUCGGUGGAGAUCCAAACAAUGUUACAUUAUUUGGCACCAGCUCUGGUGGAUCCAUAGUGCAUUACAUGAUGUUAUCUCCCAUGGCUACCGGUCUAUUCCACAAAGCCAUUAUUCAAAGUGCAUGUGCUAUGAACAAUUGGGCUUUAGAUAAGAAUCCAAAACAAGCCGUUUUAAGAUUAGCAAAGCAAUUAAAUAUAUCAAGCUCAGAUAGCUCAGAAGUUGUAAGUAUUUUGAAAACUUUACCCCAUGAAGAAAUUAUGAGCGCUUGUUAUGAAUUACAAAGUCAUGUAGAAUUUGAAGAACUUAUGUUAUAUGGUCUGUUUAAACCAUGUAUUGAAGAUGAAUUGGAAGGCAUACCGGUAUUCCUUCCGAAGAGUCCAACGUUAAUUUUGAAAUCUGGCAUGGUUAAUAAAGUGCCGUUUAUAAUAGGUGCUUAUAACUCUGAAGCCUGUGUCUUGGAAUACCUCAAAAAAAAUCUAUAUAUUAAAACGGACAUAAAAAGCGGAAUGUCAGUACUGAAAGCGAUGGGAGAAAAUGUAUUCUUAAAUAAAAUGGGCCAAAAAAUAUUAAACUUUUAUUAUGAUAAUCAGGACAGCAAAGCAGAGGAGAAUAAACAAGAAAAUAUACAAAUCAUGAGUGAUUAUUAUUUUUUGUAUAACAUGAUAAACACGAUAAAGAAACACAAAGAAAUCGCACCUGAGAGUCCUAUAUACUUUUAUAUUAAUAACUUCGCUGGUGGGUGGGCAGUUCCAAAAUAUUUGAACUUUUUCAACCAGCUGGGGCAUUCAGCCGAUAUUCCUUUUAUUUUUAAUGUGAGAUCAAAAGAAGGCGACGUUUGCAAAGGUAAUCGUGACUCAAUGCUGAUGAGAUCUAAAAUAAGUCAAAUGUGGACAAAUUUCGCCAAAUUUAGCAACCCAACGCCCGAUGAAGAUGAUCCAUUAAUUAAUAUAACUUGGGACCCGGUGACAAGUAAAGAUGAGCUGAAUUAUCUCAGCAUAAGCCCGAACUUCACGAAAGGAGUGAAUCCAUUCCAAGACCGGAUGGCAUUCUGGGACGAAAUUCACAAGGAGCACCAGUUUCUUCAAGUCCUUACACACUUCAAUGACAGUGGAAUUGUAUGGUAAUAUUUUAUAUUUUCAUUAUAAUAACUUUUGUUUUCAUUAUAAUAUAAAAAAAUAGUA